UGCAUGUAUGAAAAGGUCAAUGAACUAUUAAGUCUCGCCAAGAAGUGUUACAUAUCAGAAUUAUAUAUCAAGUAGCGAGAAAUAUAUCUCGUUAGUACACAUAAUUUGUUCCACACAAUUCUCGCAAACAUGGAAACUAAAUUAACCUAACACAACAGGUUGGCCACCUUGGCACACCUCUUGAGUGUCACCCACGGAGCCGUCGCCGGGACUCUCACACUUGUCCUCCACAAAACAGCUUUCUCGGCGAGCCAGAGAAGAAUAUAAGGUGAGCGCUUAGUAGAGACCCCUCACUCCUCACCAGACCUUCCCACAGGACGCCCCACCAUGCAGACCCUUGUGUUCGGUGAGCCCUAUCACUUAAGAAGACUGAGGGUGGACAGAGCACCGUGUAGAGCACCGUAGAAGCUUGUAGCGAGGGCAGCAAUGCUCAGAGUAAAGAUUGCAUCUCUGAUUUUUCUUGUUUCCAGCGGUGUUGUUGGCGGCAGCAGCAGCGGCAACGAUCCCCGAGCAGGAGCCGCUUUCAACCAACGUCACGUUACCAGUGUAUGGGUUCUUCAAUGAGAAUAAUGCCUCCACUGCAGCCCCUGCCGAACAAGGCGACCACCAACCGGCAACAACCAGCCGGCCAGGCAACGAGCAGCUAACGUACGCAGACUCUCAGAGUCCACCUGUCCAGCCUGAGGAAACCUUAGUGAAUCACGAGGAGCCUCUUGAGCAGUCCACCCAGCAGGCUCACAGCCAGCCCGAGAUUUCGUCAGUGGACAAUGUGCAUACCAUCCAGGCGGCUGGCGAGAAUGCCAGCAACGAUACACUGCAGGUCCAACAGUUCCCACGCAGCCCUGGAGAGCUCGCAGGCCGACCAAGCCAAGCCAUCCAAGCAACCCAAGCAGGCCAAGCAAACCGCCCCCCUAAAGGAGGCGGCCGUCACAUCCUCACAGCCCCCACAGAGUUACAACACCCAUGAGAGCACACCAACACCCAAAGCCGAAACUACCUCCGCCGCGCCCCAGGAACCCCUAAACCUAUCGUCGGGCGCCAGCUUCAUGCUGGGCGCCAUCUCCACCACAUUCAGCUGCCUCGACCGUCCGUAUGGCUACUACGCUGACCCAGACAACAACUGCCGCAUCUUCCACGUGUGCCACCCUUCCCUCUUACAUGACGGCAGCGUUCACACCUACCAGUACAGCUUCAUGUGCGGCGAGGGGACAGUGUUCGAUCAGAAGGAAAUGACGUGCGUGGCGGAGUGGGUGGCCACCCCCUGCACGGAAGCAUCUUCCUUUUACCUCAGGAACCAGGAAUUUGGACAGGUCCAGGAAAGGCGCCCUUGAUGGGUUAGAGCAGGG